AUUUGGAUCAACGCGGCGUUCGACUUCGUGGAGAUAUCUUCUUUUUUCAUAUUCGUGUGAAGAACAAAUCCCAACUCGAAGUACUAUAGAGUCUCAGAGAAACUACGUGCAAGCAGUUUGUUCGAUUGUGGGCAUUUAUUACCGAGAUAAGUACUUUGACUGCACUUAUGUGACCUGUACCUGUCGACAGUGUCGAAGCGACGAAGGCGGAGCUGCAGAGCUACGGCUACGCUGAAUUUUGUAGGUUCCGGUACCGUACCAUUCCCUAUCAUCGACCGUGUCGGCACAGAUCACAUGCCGGGGCAAACUACUGCCGGCUCAGACUCGUAGAUCUACGGUAGUGCUGCUUGGCCUUGGAUGGACUUAAGGUGACCGUGGAUUGAGAUUGCUUCAGCUGCACUAGAAUCUACUUCAUGGUUGCUGAAUGAUGGCAGAAUUCAUUGUUAAAGCAAAAGAUCGAAAAUAUGAGGGUUUAGAUGACAAUGAGAAGGGAUGGAAAGGUCCAUUUUGUUUCAUCCAAGGAGCAGAUCCACAGUAUGGUAUGAUAGAUGAUAUGUCAGGAAAGAAACCUAUCACAUGGCAAGCUGAAAUAGAACUCACAAGGAAAGCUAUAGCAGCUAUCAACAGGAUGAAGCCCAAACCCAAGUUCUUUGUGGUCUGUGGGGAUUUAGUUCAUGCUAUGCCUGAUGAUAAUCAGAAAGAAGAACAAGAAGCAGAUUUCUUGAAAGAGUUUGCCAAGGUUGAUCCAAGUAUACCUCUAGUUUGUGUCUGCGGCAAUCACGAUAUAGGCAAUACUCCAACAAGGAAAUCUAUUCAAAACUUCAGGAAUAAAUUUGGGGACGACUAUUUUGGAUUUUGGGCUGGAGGUGUGCGUUGCUUGGUGUUAAAUUCUCAACUCUAUGAAGAUGCUAGCAAAGUACAAGAACUGAAGAAAGAGCAAGAUGUGUGGCUUGAGGCAGAAUUAGAUGCUGCCAAGUCAUCUGGGUGUAAACAUCUAUUGAUCUUCCAGCAUAUACCAUGGUUUCUAAACAAACCAGAUGAAGAGGAUGAAUACUUCAAUAUAGAUCUGGAUAUUAGGAUGCCAAUGUUAGACAAGUUUAUUGCAGCAGGUGUGAACACUAUAUUCUGCGGCCACUACCAUCGGAAUGCUGGAGGAUCAUAUAAGGGAAUGGAGGAGGUUGUGACAUCGGCAAUGGGCUGUCCGCUUUCACAGAGCCCUGCUGGCUUUGAAAUGGGAAAGCAACCCUCAGGUUUACGGGUGGUCAAAGUUCAUGAGAAAAGCAUAUCACACCAGUUCUAUGGUAUGGAUGAUAUUCCAUGUACAGUUGAUCUGUAGCAUAGGUAUCUUGAUAUAAUGUGAAAGAAACUUUUUAUUUUCAGGGCUGAGUCAUAGAAUGUGGCCUUUCCCUGUUCAGAUAGCACUUUGAUGAAAGUGGUCUGGUGUUCUCAUAAUGGGUCUCUCAAUGUGGAAGACAUUCUUUUUAAAAAUAAGGAAGUAAUUCUUUUCAUCUACUUGAUAAACAGCUUCAAGCCUUUGGUUGAGCCGUGAAUGUAAGAUUGAAAUAUAUGUCCUCUUCAUCUGAAAUUAUCAGUUCUUAUGAUGUCUACUAUUAUUAUAGUGUUGUCAGGGAUGCUAGACUAUUAUGCAUGCUUUUUGCUGAAGAAUGUUUCUGCAAUCUCCACUGAAAGGUAGCGAUCACAUAGAGAUUGCAGGCAGUCUGUGCGGCAACAAGUGUACCUUAUUGAGCAAGAAAAUACUGGCGACUGUGGCAAGCAAAUCUUAUUCUAUCUUCUGUUAGAUUAAAACUUUGGAUUCGCCAUUUCGUGUUGUGAGAGUGCUAAAAAGAUUACCAAAAGUCAUAAAUGGCUUCAGUUCUGCAGAUGAUCAAUCAGGGUCCCAUAAUACAAAUAUUAGCAAUUAAUCAUGUAUACGCUUGAUUUCCACUAUUACCGGUAAUUGUAGUGUAUGCAAUCAAUCGUAGAAAAAUGUUCUAUGAUGAUUGCUAAGCUUUGUGUUAUGGGCCCAGGGGUCCGUUGC